AUGUCGUCACAUCACACCUCACACGGCAUGUCUGCGGUACGAAGCCCACGCUACCCCGCCGAAUUCGCUUCCGCUGUUGCACUCCCUGUUCUCGAUAUCCUGUACUUAAUCCCUCCACCUAGUUCUCUUGUGACGAGGGCAGUCGAAAGUACAAAGCAUUUUUCUUUGGAACCCAUCCAAAUUGAUGUUGGAAGAUUACCAAAGACGAGAUGUGGUGGCUAG